AUGUCGUCUUUCUCCAAAGUUGCUGCAGUUUUGUGUACUUUGACUUUUCAGUUGCCCGAAGUAUUCGCGGCUCGUCAACCUUACGAUGUGAGGAAGAUUAUCGACGCUUUUCGUCACCCGCACGAUGACCUCACCAUCCUCUGCGCUCAUAGAGGCUUGAAAUGGAACGGGACUACCGAAAACUCUCGGGAUGCUUAUUUCCGAGCCACCGAAGCCGGGUUGGAAUGCAUUGAGACGGAUAUUCACCUCUCACUAGAUGGCCACCUGCCCAUGAUCCACGAUGGCGGGCUUGGCCGUACAACAGACGUUGGUGAGCAGACGGGACAGCCAGCAUACAACCCAUUCACUGGUCAGGGGUAUAACCCGCUUGUCAGCGAGCACAACUUCACGGGCUUCAUCGCGAACCUUCACCUCCGAGACGAGCAGGGUAGAGUCCACGUGGAGACAGUUCCUACGCUGCCUGAGAUGGUUCACAGCAUCUACGAAACUGGAGCCAACGUCGUGCUGCAGCUUGACUUCAAGGAGCAAGCUGCAGUUGAGCCGGCGUAUUGGGCUUUGAAGAAUCUCACAAAUCGCGCUGGGGUACCUGCGAACGAGUGGUGCAUCUACAAGUUGCAAGCAAAGUGGUGGAAGAACCCUGCGGAGUUUGAGGCAUUGGAAUGGGUUCAGGAUGCGUUUGCUUCUGGCACUCAGCUUGCUUACAUCCCCGUCUACAACCCUGAAGAUGAAGCCUCAUGGGAUACUCUUACCUCACUAAAGGAGUUUGCCUCAACGAACUACACGAUUAGCGCCGAGAUUGAGGUGUAUUCGACCGGUGCUCCUUUGCAGCCCCUCCAGGACUAUAUUGUUCAUAAUGGAACGGAACAAGACACCUUCAGAACAUCUGGAAUUUUUUACGCCGCUGGAGACCUGGUUGAUUUCAUCACCUCAGACCUUACGCGGUUCGACACAGCGAAUUAUACUAUCCCAGACGAUAUUCACACCAACAACUCGGUGUUUGUCUUCCAGGAGAACAAGGCCCCAGCACUUCUCGACUCACUUGUGGGAAUUAAGUCGCUCGAUGGACAUGACUACCGAUCCGACUUUGACUGGAUUUUCAAACAAGGCUUCCAGUGGGUCAUUACUGACAUUGCCGAUGUCUGGGAUGCCGAACUGCGCGCUCAGGGAAAGCGCAACACAAGUUACUUAUUGAAUGGCAGUGAAAAUGAUAGGGCGAAUGGUUGGUAUCGUCGAAGACACACUCGCGAGUUCUCUAGGAUCUAA